AUGACAUGCUUAAAAAUAUUUUCAGGAGAAUUACCUGAAUUAUCAUAUGAAAUCAUAAAAUAUUUUCAGAAUGAUUACAAAACAUUACAUUCAAGUAUUUUGAUUAAUAGAUCAUGGUGCCGCUUAGCAAUUCCAUUAUUAUGGGAAAAUCCAUUUUUAAUUUGUAAAUAUUCUCGCAAAUAUGAUUUUAUUGCAAUUUAUUUACAUGAUCAUUUUAAUGAUAAAGAUAAAUUAAUAUUAAAUAGAUUUGGAAUUAAUAAUGAUGUAUUUCCUUCGAAUACAUUAUUUAAUUAUCCUAGUUUUAUUAAAAGUUUAAGUGUACAACAAGUUAGAAGUUCUAUUAUUUAUUGGUUUACUAAUAAUAAGAGUGAAUAUAUUGAUACAUUUUUCGGAUUAAUUUACGUGUCAUUACUUGAAGUAAUCAUUAAAAAUGAAGCAUGUUUACAUACUUUUGAAUUUUUUACAUAUGGAAAACUUGAUUAUUUUAUAAUUAAGUUAAUUUUAAAAUAUCCAAAUUUUACUCAUAAUAUCAGGAAUUUAGAACUUGGAUUUGACGCUAAUGCCGGAUUUACAGACUUACUAAAAAUUUUUACAUUUUAA